AUGGAAAAAGGGCAAGUUGACCAACGUGAGAUGGCGAAACUCCGCCGCAAGGCUGAGACCCACCACCGUGAGGGGUGGGAGUACGCGUACGUGAUGGAUGUCUCGGAGGAAGAACAAUCGAAAGGCAUCACCCGCGAGACAGGCGCGGCUUAUAUCGAGACCGAGAAGCGUCGCAUCACAAUUCUGGACGCCCCUGGCCACAAGGCCUUCGUUCCUUCCAUGAUUGGCGGCGCCACGCAAGCCGAUGUUUGUGUGCUUGUCAUCUCCAGUCGCACCGGCGAGUUCGAGACCGGCUUCGAACGCGGCGGGCAAACCCGCGAGCACACGACGCUUGUGCGCACGUGUGGUGUAAAGCAAAUGAUUUGUGUGAUCAACAAGAUGGACGAGAUGAAGUGGAGCAAAGAGCGCUACGACGCGAUCGUGGGCAAGUUGCGCCCCUUUCUUCGCCAAAACGGCUACGAGGAAAAGAACAAGAACCUCAUCUUCAUUCCGAUCGCGGGCUUUACUGGGGACAAUCUCAUCAAUCACACCGACUCCGGCCUCUGCCCGUGGUACACUGGCCCUACGAUGAUGGAAGUCGUCGACGAGCUGACGCUGCCAGAAUCAAAGAGUGAGGAUGAUGUGCUCUGCAUCCCACUCGUCGGCGCCUACAAAGACGAUGGUAAGAGCUUCAUUUAUGGUAAAGUGGAGGCCGGGUCGAUCGCGGCUGGGGAAAAGAUCCAGGUCCUUCCCACCAAAAUUGAGGCCAUCGUCGAAGGGAUCUCCAUUGAGUCAACGGAAUUCGAAAAAUGCUAUCCGGGCGACAACGUUCACCUCCGCGUGCGUGGCAUCGAUGAGAUGGACAUUCACGCCGGCUAUGUGGCCACUUCGGUCCCCACAUCAAUGCGUGCGGUGGAGUUUAUCCAAGCGCGUAUUGUGGUUCUCGAAGUCAAAAACAUCAUUAGCGCUGGGUAUCGUUUCAUGAUACACAUUCAUGCCGCACAGGAAGAGGCUUCAUUCCACAAGCUGCUGGCUAGGCUGGAUCGGAAGACCGGUGAAGUAGUGGAGAAAAAUCCCGCGUGCGCGAGGGCAGGUGACUCGCUGAUGGUGCGCAUCGAGUUGGAACGCCCUAUCGUCUGCGAAGCGCACAAGGAUUUUGACAAGAUGGGCCGGUUCAUGCUUCGUGAGGACGGGAAGACCUUCGCGAUUGGUCUCGUUACGAAGCUCUACGAAUCCACGCACGAGUCUCUUGGAAAGGAUAAACCUAACUGA